UCGCGCGUUGCAUCAUGGGAUUUGUAGUUUUUUCCUUGGCACAGCCUGGGUGUUAGCUCAGGGAGUGGACUACAAAUUCCAGAGGGCUUUGCGCUCCCCCCCACAACAGUGCUGGUGCAUGGGGCGCAGAGGGAUCAGCUAAAGGGGGUGGGGGGCUGUGGUCGCUCGUGGAGCCCGUUAAUGUGGGUGCAGCUGGGGGAGGGGAGGCUGGGCGAGUCGGUCCCUUCCCCAUUCAGGGCAUGUCAGAAAGAGGGGGGGGGUUACCUGUCCUUUUCUCCCUUCCCCCACAAAACAGUGAGCUGAGAGAGACCAUGAGACAAUAGCACUGGAUGCCAUCCACCUUCCCGUUGCCAGAGUGGUGCUGAAAUCACCCCACGAGAUGUGGCUGGGUUUCGGGUGUGGGGGAGGGUCUGUUGCAAGUUCGGUAGUUAAUUGGUCAGGUCAGGGGUUGCAAAAGUUGGAUCCAACAUUACCCUGUGAUGCUGACAUUCAUACUCUAAUUCUGGAUAAAAACCAAAUAAUUAAACUGGAACACCUGGAGAAAUGCAGGAACUUAAUGCAGCUAUCUGUAGCCAACAAUCGACUUGUAAGGAUGAUGGGUGUGGCUAAACUGACGCAGCUCCGGGUAUUAAACUUGCCUCACAACAGUAUUGGUUAUGUGGAAGGGCUGAAGGAUCUGGUGCACUUGGAGUGGCUAAACCUGGCAGGAAAUAACCUUAAGACCAUAGAUCAGAUCAAUAGCUGCACAUCUCUUCAACAUCUUGAUUUGUCAGACAACAAUAUACCUCAAAUAGGAGAUCUCUCCAAGCUUUUGUCUCUAAAGACUCUGCUGCUGCAUGGAAAUAUUAUAACCUCACUUCGUAUGGCACCUGUUUGCCUACCUCAAAGUCUGAUUAUUCUCUCUUUGGCAGAAAAUGAAAUCAGAGACUUAAACGAGAUUUCUUUCUUGGCUUCCUUUCCUGAGUUGGAGCAGUUGUCAAUUAUGAACAACCCUUGUGUGAUGGCCACACCUUCUAUUCCUGGAUUUGACUAUCGGCCAUAUAUUGUCAGCUGGUGUCUGAAUCUUAAAGUUCUGGAUGGAUAUGUGAUUUCUCAGAAAGAGAGUUUGAAAGCAGAAUGGCUUUACAGUCAAGGUAAAGGACGAUCAUAUCGACCUGGCCAGCAUGUUCAGUUAGUUCAGUAUCUGGCCACUGUUUGUCCUCUUACCGCUACAUUUGGUCUCCAGACUGAAGAGGAUGCCAAACUGGAAAAAAUACUGAGUAAGCAGAGGCUCCACCAGAAGCAGUUGAUGUACCAAAGCCAAAAUGAAGGGCUGCCUACAUUCUCUACUCCCAACAAAGUGGUGCCUGCUACGUAUGAACACAACAGUCCAACCCAAAGGCCCCAGAUAAUUCCUGAAAGUGAACCUGUUAUCCAAAGGAAUUCUUGGGUUGGGGCAGGCGCCAGUGAUGACCAUUCCUAUGCAGUUAAGAAUGUCUUUCCGGCUUCAGUGCAAGCUGAAAGAAGCUGUCACAAUGAGCUGUACCUGGAGGACAUACAGACUGAUGAGGACAAACUGAACUGCAGCCUUCUGUCCUCAGAGUCUACUUUUAUGCCAGUUGCUUCAGGACUGUCUCCAGUAUCUCCCACUACGGAAUUAAGGCUACAUGGAAUCAAUUUGAACCUAGAAGAAGAUGAUAAUACAGUGAUUGUAUUUGUGAAGGAGGUCAAUAAAGAUGAGGAUGAUAAGCAGGAAAAGACUUCUUGGGUUACAAAUGAGUGUUCCAUCAAAACAGCAGAAAUUGUGGAAACUCAAGAGGAAGAUAAUGAGGAUGGAAUAUUGCCUUCCCCUAGUCCAGCAACAGUCACUGCUAACCCAACUGCAAGUAUUAAUGACUGUUUCACAUCAUCUGUUGACCAGGUUCUAUGCAGCCACCUCAAGCCACCAUUAACUGAUGAUGAACCAUUAAUUAAAAAUCUUUAUACUGAGCAAACUAUAGAGAGAAAUUCUACUGAUGCAUCAGCUGCUGUUGACCAAGAUGCUGAACUUCAAAGAAUGAACAAAGCGGCCACCAAGCUUCAAGCCUGCUGGAGGGGAUUCCACACAAGAAACUACCAUCCCAGAGCCAAGGAAGUGCGUUACGAAAUUCGGCUAAGCAGAAUGCAAGAGCAUAUUAUUUUCUUAACUGAUGAAGUAAGAAAAUUAAGAAAAGAAAGAGAAGAAGAGAGGAUUCAAAAACUUGUACAAGAGGAGGCUGUCAGAUACCUUUGGAACCAGGUUAGAUCCCUUCAGCAGUGGCAACUUUCAGUGAACCAAAACCUUAGCACUUGGCAGCUUGGUGCUUCUGCAUCAAGUACUUUGUGUCCAUCCAAACUAUCUGUCCAGUCAUCUGGGCUCAAUCAAGAAAACUCUCCUGUUGGUAGUUCUACCUGGUUGGUUUCAGCUAUUGAAGCUCUUCAUGAGAAAACUUUACCUGAGUUCCCAGAUUCUGGCUUUCACUCCUCUAUAACUGACCAAACUCAUGUUAAUGACUCUCAUGGCUCUGAAAAGAGUUCCACAGAAGGAAAUGAGAGCUCUCUGAUUGGGAAUUCUAUAGAAACAGUCAAACCGUCUGGAGAUCCUGUCUCAGAAUGUAUUUCAGAUACAGAGGGUGUCCAGGCAGACCAUGAGGAAUGGAGUCAAGAGAGCUCAAAUAGUGAGCAGGACAGUAGUCUUCUCCAACAAUACUUGAAGUCAGUUCAGCAGCUCGAAGAGGCUGAUGACAGGACAAGUUGCAGUGAUGGGACAGAAAGGAGUAGGCCACAGACAGCUGCAUCAGCAGAAAAACAGGAUUCUUUGUCAGACGCUGUUUCUGUAAAUGUCUCUCAAGAUGUACCUUCACCUGCACAAAAUGAAAUUAAUCAGACACCAGAAAGUUACAAAUUGAAUUCAGGAGUAGUAGAAGGGAAGCAAACAGAAUGUGAUGCUUCAUUUCAGGAGCUGCAUGUUGGCAUAGCAGUGUAGUAGGCUUAGCUCCAUGGAAAAUUAGGGAAUACGAUUAACUUUUUUUUGCCGUUUAUACAGAAUUUGUAUUCUUUUCAUAUAUUCUAUUCUGGAUUCCCAAACCCAUUUUACCGGAAAGGCUUAACUUUUAAUAGCAUCUUGAAUGUUGAUGCUAACUAUGCUAAACUGCAUUAUUUAUUGAAUGUUGAUGUUAACUAUGCUAAACUGAAAUGAGCAAAGUUCUCUGUGGUGGACGUAAUGCACUUUAUUUCUGAAUGACUCUUGUAGCUUAAUAACUGGUUUUCAUAAAGUAUAAUUCAAAGGAUUAUGAUUUUUUCCUAUUGGCUCAAUUCAGCUAAAGUAGAUAAGCUUUAGUAAGUUUUUAUUUUUCCUAAAAGUCAGAGCUUAAGUUCAUGUUCUGUGCAAAUAAGGAAACAGCAUGGGAAAAGACAGGAAUAGAGGAAGAAUGAAGACUAUCUCUGCAUGUAUCAGUAUAAACUGCCAGGAAACAGGACAACAGAAGUCACUUAAUAGAGCUUCUGUGGACCCGAACUUAGGUAUCUGUCAAGAUUUUCAAAAAUAAGUGCUCUAAAACUUGAAUCCCAAGUCACUGACAGGACAAGUUGCAAGUGAUGGGGCAGUAGGCCACAGACAGCUGCAUCUGCAGAAAAACAAGAUUCUUUUAGGUCUUUUUUUUUUUUAAGACAAUUGAAGCUCCUGGGUGCUCUGCACCUUUGAAAAUAGGCCAUUUAUUUAGAAGCCUAAAUAUGGACUUAGGAGAGUCAAACUUUAGGAAUGCAUCUUUAAAACAAGUCUUGACCCUUGUCUCCCGUUCAGCCCAAUCGUGCUGUCCUUUCUCAGGUAAGACUCAUGGUAGGGUCAAUGGCAGUAUUUCAUGAGUAAGGGCUCCAAAAGGACCUAGUAACAUAAGCAUAGGCAGUGUCCCUCUCUGCCAAGUGAACCGCAGCAAUGUGUGGUAGGAACAAGAUGAAAACAUAGUUUUGGAGGGAGCCAUACUGGUGUGGUUAAAAUGGAGGCCUGAUUACCUAAUUAGAAGUAUUGAACCUCCACAAAGAUGGCCCUGUUAUCUGCUGGUAUCUCAGGUGUAAAUAUUAGAAGGAGAUUCCAUGAGUUGAAACAGUUUCCUGCCCCUUAGUUGGUUUUUUCUCAUGUAAAGGAGCAUUAAACAUUUGACACUAAUUGGUUUUAAUUAAUUGUAAACAUGUGUGUCUCAAUGUGCUGAUUUAAUUUUGCUUCACCUUCCUUUUAAGCUCUGGGGAAGCGGUGACAGCAGAUAAAGUAUAAAUGGCAGUUAGGCAUAAUGCAGACCCCACUUUAUCCUGUUAUACCUUGUUCAGGGAAAUAAAAUCUUCAGUAUGGCACAAAAGUAGCAAUAGAAAAUUAUUGUGCCAUGUAAUUGGGAAAGGUCAUCAGUAAAAUAAAAAAAUCAGCAAACGCACUGUGACGCUGAACCUCCAGAUCACUAGUCUUGCAUUUUGCAACAUGAGAGAUCAAUGCUCUUUGAAUUAUGUGUGUGAAUUUCUCUGAGGUCAGUGCAACUAAUCACAUGAACAAAGAUAGUUUUCACAAGGUCAGCUAUUGCUUCUUCAAAUAUAAAGUGAUUUUUCCAAACAUGUCACCCUGUUAAAUUCUGGAGAUUAUUAUUUUUUAAAAGUCUUGAUUCCCAGUCCCUAUUAGGUCCUAAGGAUGGAAUUCACCCCUGUGCAGACAGUUGGCAGAAAGCCACUGAACCACUUAAGUCCCCAAAAUAGAUCUGAAGUGGAACUCAAGUAGUGUAUGGGCCUUUUACCAGCCCAGUGCAGAGGCGUGAACUUCACCUUGAAAGAAUAAAGCUUAUCUUUAUAUACAGUACAACCUUCUUUUUUUCCAGAAGUCAUGGGGAUGUUAUAUAUGUAUUGGGUAAUCUGGGAAUUCUUGUUGUAAUUAAGAAGCUAGGGCACUUGACUUUGUUUUGAAUAAUGAGAAUAUUUAGAUAAUUGAGGUUGAAAUAUAUUAAAUAUACAUCUUGCCACCUCAUGCUAGUUAAAACAUAUCUGUAGUGUAAUUGAGUUGGCAUUUAGAUGAUCUAAGGAGAUGUGAGUUCUCUACUUCCAUUGAAAUCAAUGGCUGUUGGGGAUCUCUGCCUCUUUCAGGAUGGGGCCCCUAGGGGGGUUGGUGAUUUUGUAUCAAUCUGGUGUGGAACUCUCAUGUAUCUCUUUAAAGGGACUUGGAGCAUACCAUUAAGUGUGAGAAGAUUUCUCUGCGGUACACAAAACAGUUGCCAAAUGUUGAAAGGAAUCACUAAGUUCUCUCUCUAGUGACAGAAUGUUAGUGUAAUAGAUCUCAUGUUGAAAAUUUAAUUUCUUUGGAUAACAGUAUCAAUUACUGAAGACUUUAAUUUUGCUAUUUUAUAUAAAAGUGCCUCAUUUGCUGCCAGGAACUAAGCUGAGAAGAGUCAACAUAUGUUGUGUAAGUGCCAAAAGGUAAUACCUUCAUAAAACCAAUUUUCCAUGGAAGCCAUAGAAGUUCAUAGUAUUCCCUGUAGUUGUGGGACUUGCAAACACAAAUGCAUGAAGACUUAUUUUACCUGAUAUCUAUAUCAACUGUUGUAACCUGUACAUCCAACUCUCUAUAUAACAUCCAAAAAUCUUUCAUUUUGUGAAGAUAUAGCAAAAUAUAUACCAACUUAUAAUAUUCAGCUGUAUCUUUUUACUUUUUCAAAAGCUUUGAAGCACAAAAUAUCUCUUCUGUUAUUGUGCGGUAUAUCUUGCAUGUGUAGAAAAUAAAUUGCCUAAAUUUAGCAUAUUUAAACGUCAGAGAAAGAUUUGGAUUAAUAACUUUUGCAGGAUUAGAAGUAAUUAGUUGUACAUAAGCAAAAAUAUUGUGUUGAGCAGCAUGAAAUAAAAGGCUAAAUAAUACCUUAAAUAUGGAAAGGAAAAGAGAGAAAAGAUAAAGCUGAAAAAUAGCAAACAAGAUGUAUGCUAAAAUAGGCUUAUUUGAGCUAACGGAGUCUCAAAUAAGCGAUUUUUGUAGUGUCAUACUUUAUGGCUCAAUUUUUCUUAGAGAAUAAAACUUUUAAAGAGUAAUUUUGGUCAAUUUUGGGAUGUGUACACAAGUCCUAGUUGUGGUCCAUGUUUUGGUUUCCUUACAAUAUUUCUACAUUUUUAUGAUUGAAGAAGGCAGUUUAUUUUAAUUUCCACUCCACGUAAUAAGUGAUAGACUGUGAAUGCUCACAGGGUAGAAUUUGGAUAAAUGGAAUUGAAAGAUAAUCUUAAAAUGCAGACCAUUUAAAAAAUCUAUUUAGAGAACAAUUGAUUUAUAUAUUAAGUAAUCUCUUUCCUUCCUUAGAAAGAAAAGUGGGGAAAUUCCCCAUUGAAGACGACAGAUGAAUCACCAUUUGUUUUUUUGUAUGAAACUUAUGUAAUGAUUACUGUAGUGCAUUCCUCAGGAAUCUAGAAUUGUAAUGAAAUCAAUGGGAGUUCUGAGUAUAUAAGGAAUUUAGAAUCUGUUGCUAUAGAUACUUGAGUGGUGACUAAUCUGUCCUCUACAUCUCCCCACCCUUUAUGCUGUUUGGUAAACAAAAUGAAUGAGCACUCUAAGGGAGAACUUUCCAAAAGCAUGAAGCAGUGGUCUAACACUGCUCUCAUUCACUUCAAAGGAAGCAGAGUUAGGCUUACACUGAGUGCUCUUGCAAAUCCCACCCUAAAAGUUUAUCGUCGUUACAGAAAUGCUUUUCUCACAGUGCAGGGAAAACAUUAAGAUUACAAGUUUGGUUUGAUCAUUCUAAAACAUAAGUAUCACUGGACAAAUAGCUGUGGAAGCCCUUGAUAAGUUAAAUGGUGCAAGUAUAACAACUUUUAUAGAUUUAUUUCUAGGAGACCCCAUAACAUGCAUGCUACAUCUAAUAAGAAAAUGUACUUAUCAGCCAAUCUGUGUGUAUGUAUGUAAAUAAGCUCAUUUUUCUGAAUAACAUAGAAUGCCAUUGAGCUUGCAAGUUGUUCAUGAUUAUAUUAUUUUAGGUAUAUUGACUUAUGACUUUUUUGUACACAAUGUCUAUAGAACUCCAAGCCUUAUUGCCACUUGUGGCGGAUUGUUUGGGGAACUGGCCAAACUCAAGAAAUGGAAGAUGUGUUCCUCUGAGUCUACUUUGGUUCAUUUUAUUUGAGUUGAAAAUAUGUCUAAUUUGAAAUGGAGAUGACUUGAAUGAAAACGCAGUAUAAAGCCGGUCAGUUCCUCUGUUUUAACUAGUGGAAAGGAGACUUUUCUAUUUAUUUUUUCCUUCAGGAUUGUGCCACUCAAUUAAGUAAACUUAAAGUAUAGUGAAGCCUUUCAAAAAAGUAUUUUAAUAGACCAUUUUCCUACUGUAACUUUCUCAGAAGUUUUUCACACAACAUUUUUUGGUCCCAUGGUUUGUCUUGGUGGCCAAGACUUAUGCUAUCUUAAAUGUUCACAUCACUUCAGCAAAAAGUAAAGGACCUAAGACACUUAACUCUUAUAAACUAUUUAAUAGUAUUACAAUAAGAGGUGCUUUAACCAUGAAUAAGUGCCAUACCAAAUCUUAACUUACAGAACUAAUAGGUGUAAAUAGUGAUAUAGGAGACCACUUUAUGGCUUCAUUACAUAUAAAUUCAGUGGGCUAAAUUCACCCUUAGUGUAAUUUCUCUGAAGUUAAUUUUGUUAAGUUUGAAUCUUUCACAGUAGUAUUCUACCUCUAACCUAGUCUUAAAAAACAACAAUUAGGCCUUGAUUUGUCUUUAUACUUCUCACUAUUUUCUGUGAAGAAUGUUGAGUGGUUAAACUGGUACAAUUUGUAUAUUUUCUAUGAUUGUUUACAUGUAUGAAUUUAUUGGUUCUGAUAUUUAGUUUGUACCUCUGAGUCUUGAUUUUUAAAUAAAUUUGUACACUGAUUGGA